CAAAUAUUUAUUUCAUUGACGGCAACUUUUAAACUCGAUGCGGGAUGCCGACAAAAUGGCUGAUUUGGCGGCAAUCCGUAGAGCUCCCGUGUCCGGAUAUUUCCUUGUCAUUCUUGCACACACCACUCUUGCGGCACUCCAAUCAUGUCGGAAUCGACCGACGACGUCCACGACACCCCUGAAAAGAAAUGGUGGACCGAAGAAGACGACAUCAUCCUGUUGACGCAAGUCAACAACGAUCGUCCUUUCACCAAGCGGCAGGCGACAAAGGCGUGGGAAGCGUUGGCCGUUGCCUUGCGCGACAUAGAGGACUUCACGAGGCCAGGGAUUGAUGGGAAGAAGGCGCAAAACCGAUUCCUUUUGCUCAUGCGGCAGCACAAGGCACGCAACGACAAGGCCGAACGUCUCUCGGGUGUGUCGGAGUCCGAGACAGAGAAGUCUCGUCUUCUUGACGACUUGGCGACGCUGUUCAAGGACGCGGCGAAGAAGCGCAGCACCGCAACGACAACCAUGGAGGCCGCAGAGAAGAUUGAACAAGUCAAGUACAUUCGAGAGCAGGCAAUGCAGCGUGGCCGCCGUCAUUCCACGUCUGAUUCAUCUGAUGUGGCUGAACCUGUUGUGUCUAGCAAGCGCAAGAUGAUAAUGGAUGCUCAAGAGAUGGAGGUUGCCCUCGAACGAGAGAAGCUGCAGUUUAAACGACUUAAAUUCGAACUUGAGCUAGAGGAGCGCGAGAAGGACCGAGCAGAACGCGAGAAAGAGCGCCUUGAGAGGCAAAAAAUUAGCGAAAUCGAAAACCGUCGCAACGAAGAAAUGAUGCAGAUCAUUAACCAUUUCAUUCAGCACUUGCAGAAGCAAACAUGA